CCCGAAUACAUUCCCGCGUUUCGUCGUGCUGUGCUCCAUGGGUUCUGUUUUUAUGGUUCUGUUCUGUUUAUUCUAUAAAGAAGCUACUGGAAGCUGCGGUCAUAGUUAAUUUCGCAAGGAAAUGUUUGCAGCUUCAUCUGUGUUAUUAUUAUAAAAUAAAAUCAUUUGCACUAAUAUUAAGAAGCAUCGAAUAGUAGCGAUGGAGCCUAAAACAUUUCUUAUUCCCGAUGAAAUGUGCCGGCGAGCCGGUAUUUCCGGUCGCUUUCUAUCUGUAAGCGAAAUCGGCGUUUUUCCAAGUCAACAAGUACGGCCAUCAUCAGUAGAUACACCAUCUUCAUACAAAAGUACAACAGAAGCUAAAAUCUACCACAUUCGAUCAGAAGUUAUCCUCUUUCAUCCUGUUCUCCGGCGAUUGAUAAAUGAAGCCUGUGUUAUUUUUGUCCAACUACAAAAGUCCCUGGUAACACAAUUAAAUAGUCAGGCACUGUUGCAAUUCAGCAUUCAGUAUCGCUGUGUAAUUCGUGCAUGCCUAGAAAACCUCAAAGAAGAAGUAAUGCGCACGAAUGGCGUGGAGAAAGAAGAACUUCAAAACUAUGUUACAAUAUUUUACUCAAUUGAAUGUGUCUGGCAUCUGUGUGAGAUCCUCUACAUCCAAACAAAUGUUAUGAACACAAUUGGAACCAGAUUGCUGGAAUGGGUACGUUUCCAUAUCCCAAAAUAUGAACGCGCUGCAACACGCAUAUUACAAAACUAUGGCACAGGUGUGGAGAGUUUGGAGGAGUACUGGCCGACGGUAAUCGGCUGCUUACUACACGGCCGUGUUGACGAGGUACGUCUAUUACUCAGCAUGCAUACAAACGCGGGUAUGACAUCUUUCCGUGCUGUGGAGGCGUCGCUGAAAGCUAUGCCGACACAUGCGCUGAUUGUCGGUGGCAUGCCCAUCACAGAGUUCAAUCUCCGGCGGAAGCAUUGGCUGGUUGACACACAGUCAAAGAUCGACGCGCAGGUUUUCAACGCUGAGCCACAGCUUUCCUUCAUUAUUCGACUAGUAGUCGGCGAGGAGUUGGCGUGGAAUGAAGUGCGGAAGCACUGUGAAACAUGGUAUGAACUUUUGGCGGCGUGGUUGUUUUACACGGAUCCGACACUGCGCACGUUUGAAUUAUCGCGUUACACUCGGAGGUGCAUGCGCAGGAUGGGCACAACUAUGAAACAAAUUGAUGUGAUUUUACUGGCGGCGAUGGAAACCGAUGUUGAGUUUUUGAAACAAAUUCAGAAUAUGAACGAGAAUGGUUGGUUUAUCACGCAUCUUGUUGAUUUGUUAUAUCAUGCUCAACAGUUAGAUAUUUGGAAGUCACAUGAAACAACGAUAGCACAUCUGCGAGAGUCUUUUAUUCUUGAAUACGGGUCGCUACUGAUGUGUCACAACUCCUUGUGGCAAAUAGGCCUCAAUUAUCUUGAUCACUGCCCUGCACAAGGUGUCUCGGCGAUGGAGUUGCUGCUGCCACGGGUUGCUCGCACUGAAGCCAAAACACAGAAAGCCAUCAGGGAGGCAACGAAGCGAAAAUUGUUUUCUGUUGUUCAAACAUUGGCUAAAAUUCAAUGCAGACAAUGUAUACGCAUGAAUCGCCACGGUAAUGCACUCGUCUGGGCGCUAAAAGCACAAGACGUCGAAUGCAUCUCGCACCUGGUGAAUCACACUCUCCGGCAGAUUAAAGUCAGUUAUGCAUUGCCGCACGAAGAUCUGCUGAGCAAUCUCGGUGCUUGCAUGUUUGCAAGUGAUAGUUUGAUCUUUCUCGCCAAGUAUUACGACUAUCGCCAUCAAAUGGACAAGAAGAAUCAUGUCGAUGCAGCAAAUAUUCUUGUCGGCUUAAUUGGGUCUAAAUUUACUCCGAAAUUUUUCUGGGAUGUGAUGCUAACGGAAACGCUCACUUUGCUUGAGAGUAAAGAAAUCACAAUUGACGCGAAUUCAUCGCUCGUCAUCAUGAAUUAUCUGGAUGAUCGUGCCGAUCAAGUUGAACUGAAGGAUAAACUUAAUAUGAUUCGUAUGGCACUGGCAAGGAAUAUGUCUAGUGUGCUCGCACAACAAAGACGAAUCAUUUAGAACAUUUUGUGCGUGUUCCGUUGUUCUUGGCAUUUAUAUAAGCGAAGCGCAUUAAAAGAUUUUAAGUUUAAA